GCAUCACGAUGCCUCCAUCAACGGCCCGCGGGCUGCUAUCCCGAUCCUCAAAAUGUCAAUUGAAUGCGCAAUCUUCAAUCGCACGGCGCUCCUUCACAUCUACGCCCGCCGUUCUCGCCCUAGGUCCUCAGUCCCCUAAUUAUGUCGAAGUCCCAAAACCCGUACAACCCACCUUCCCCCUUAAACCUCGCGUCAAAGGUGUCCUCCCAGUUCCACGAAACAUCUUCAGGACGCGAGGCGAUAAGGAGAAGGCUUCAGAUGAGUUCCUCGACCCUGCAGCGAAGGAGCCGUCAACAAUACGCCGACACAAAGGAAAAGAUGUAGCAUACCAGGACUACAAGCUGCGAUUGGCGGAGACUCGACGGAGGAAUCUGAAGCAGUCGGUCAAGGAGCUACACGAACGCGAGGUCGAGUCGCAUCGACGGAUGGAUGCCAUUUCUACCCAGAAGCAAGAGGAACACCGAGCUUUUGCCAACCAGCCCGAGCGUGACGACGAUCGCCUGACGAACCCGAGCGUCAGCAAGGAUAUCAUGGACUACAUGUCUGGCAAACUUGAUGCGCGGCCACCAUUGAAAUGGGUUGAGCAAGAUCUUGAGAUCCGGCGAGCUGGAGUGCAAAAAUUGCAGCAGAAGAAGGAGGCCGCGAGGUUAGAUGCGCUACACACACUCUACAUGCAGGCGAGGGACUUCAUCACUACGGAAAAACAGCUGGACGAGGCGAUUGACAGGGUUUUUGGCACACCGGAGCACCCUGUGACUUUCGGGUAUGCCCAGAGGGAUCAUAGUCCGUGGGCGAGCGAGUCUCCCCCUACAGUGCGGGACAUGCUGGACAGACAAGGGCUUCUAGACGACGUGCAUGCUGGAAGCAAGGGCAAGGGUACAUAUGAUGUCAUGAACGACAGAUUGAAGAGGAUUGCGGAGGACUUGACGGGUGGGAAGAUCUGAUUUGUACAUCAAAAUACUGUGGGUUGUAUAUUAUUCUGUAUUGAAUACUAAUUCGAAGUACCCCGGUAUUAUCAUCCUUGUUCUGUUGAGUUGCUGGGAGCUAUAGUGCUGCGAUAUCUGCGGCCUAUCAUCGCGAGUGCGAACGAGAUUCAAACUCGGGCCCAUUCUUGAGGGUACGACGGGCUGCUGUGCCAAGUGGCUUUUAGGAUGUUAGACAUUUCUCUUUCACGGAUGAGGAGGUUGUGCGCUGGAGUUUUGGAUGGUCGACUACGUCUUGUCUGGCGCGAGGACAAGUAUUGUUUGGUGGGGGCUACGCAUUGAGACUGACGCUUGACAUAACAGGGAGCUCUUGUUGCAACCUUAGACAUUCUAACGUCCUUUGAGAAUUUAUCUACUACAGUCG